AAACACCAGCAUUCUGCCAUGUCAGACAACAACAUCGUCGGGGUGGAGUACAACCGUGUAACCAACACAUCGUCGACCGAUUUCCCCGGCCAUCAGGCCAACGGCGACUAUGCAUGGGACAUUGAAAAGUUCAAGGACAAGUUUGAAAUCAAUAUCUCUUACAAGACAGACAGAACCGCCAACUUCGACUUGAUUAACAUUGACACUGCCAUAGCCAAUGCGUUCCGUAGAAUCAUGAUUUCCGAAGUUCCUUCGGUUGCUGCCGAGGCUGUGUACAUGUUCAUGAAUACCUCUGUUAUCCAGGAUGAGGUUUUGGCUCACAGAAUUGGGUUGAUUCCUCUCAGAGUCGAUCCUGAUAAAAUGAACUGGGUAGACAAGACACAGCUGCCUGAAGAUCGUUAUACCGAGGACAACACCAUUGUGUUGACUUUGGAUGUAGUUUGUACAAAAAAUCCUCAUGCUCCCAAGAACUCCACCAACCCCAAGGAGCUCUACAGAAAUGCCCAUGUGUACGCCAGAGACUUGAAAUUCGAGCCUCAUGGUAAACAAGCAGAGCUUUUCAAGGAUUUGCCAGUUGUUGCUGCCGAUCCAGACAUCUUGAUUGCCAAGUUGAGACCUGGCCAGGAGAUCUCCUUGAGAGCACACUGUAUCUUGGGAGUUGGCUGUGACCACGCCAAGUUUUCUCCUGUGUCUACAGCUUCGUAUAGAUUGAUGCCUGUAAUUGACAUUGUUGAGCCAAUCAGAGGCGACUCAGCUGUCAGAUUCCAGAAAUGCUUCCCAUCCGGUGUCAUAGGCAUCAAUGCUGACGGUGAAGCCUACGUGAAGGACGCCAGAAAGGACACUGUUUCGAGAGAAGUGUUGAGACAUGAAGAAUUCGAUGGAAAGGUCAAGUUGGGCAGAAAGAGAGACCAUUUCAUCUUCAACGUAGAGUCGACUGGUGCCAUGGCUCCAGAAGAGAUCUUCUUCAAAUCGUUGUUGGUGUUGAAGAACAAGGUUGAAUACUUGAGAAACUGUCCUAUUGGCCAGUAAAUUUCAUGAACUCUGAUACUCACCAGUAGGUUUAUAUAAGCGGACGUCAGAUAUCAACAGAUAUCCUCAGAUACUGCUCCAUAGGCUGCGAUGGCUGUCUCCAUCAUGGCCCUGUACACUAAUUAGAUAAAUAAAAUUGCAUUAU